AUGGCCGUUGCGAAAAGGUGCCUCUACAGUAUGCCCCGUGGGGCCAGGACGCACUGGACGCUGCCAGCAGUUAUUGUACUGUGGACUUCUCUCUGGGGGAUCGUUUCAUCUUAUCCGAUUCCGAGCAGGACUAAUGCGACUUUUUUGGAAAAGAAGUGGGAGACCCUCUUCUCUCGCUCCUAUCUGGGUAUAGCGGGGGGGAAAUCGGAAUUGAACUGGGAGAGUGACUAUUUGCAGGGCAUCAAAAGAGUGCGACGACUGUACUGCAACGUGGGCAUUGGGUUUCACCUGCAGGUGCUCCCGGAUGGCAGGAUAAGCGGUGCACACAAUGAGAACCAAUACAGUCUAAUAGAGAUCUCCACCGUGGACCGAGGAGUGAUCAGCCUGUUCGGAGUGAGGAGUGAGCUGUUUGUCGCAAUGAACAGCAGGGGAAGGUUAUACGGAACGAGGCGCGGAGCGGCGAAAGAUGAUCAUCGCCACCGGCACCAAUUCAAGCUCCGACGCGCUCUGUCCCUCUCCUUCUGCUCAGAUCUCGGGCUAUGGGGCCUUGAUCUGCCUUGA